CCUUGGUCGAGGUUUCAACUUUCAAUCCAUCCUAUUAUCUCGACAUUUCAACGCCGGCGUAGCGACUAGCGAGCGUCUUCUUCCCCCUGUGUCUCUCUCCGUCUAUCUCCGAGCUAAGCGAGAUGCAACUCCAGACUCAACCUGGAGUGAGCUCUCACUCCCCGAUGUUCUCACUCGUCUCUCUGCGGCCCACUACCCAAUCCCAAUUCUUCUUCCCCAAUCAGCGCCACCCACUUCGCCACCGCUCCUUAAAUUGCUCCAUUUCCGCUAAAGCCGCCGCCGCCGCCGUCUCUUCAGAGCCUGCCACCGUCGUCCUGGGCUCUCCGCAACACAAGCCCUUCCCCGCUGAGGUCUCCAGAACCAUCGUGGAGUUGUCCUCCGUCGCCACUCUCUCUACAGUCACGCAACAGGGUUGCCCUCUGGGCGUCAGCGUUCGUUUCGCUGUGGAUGACGAAGAUGGGACUCCAGUUCUCUGCUUGGCCGAUUCCCAUGGAAUCGUCUCUCGCGACAGGAGGUCUAGCCUCAACAUUCGGCUGGAGCAGAGCGGAAUGCGGACUUCUCAAUGCACGAUUCAGGGUAGUCUAGAGAAGCCAGAGGAUGCAGGGCGGUUGAAGAGGCUUCUUUCCUCGUGGAGGAAAAGAUUUGGAGAAGAAGUUAUGGAAGACCUCGUAUACAUUGUUGAGGUUGAGAGAGUACUACAGAUGGAAGACUUCAUGGAGGAUGGCAUGUGGGUCUCCUCAUCAGACUACAAAAAUGCUCUUCCUGAUCCUCUCCGGAACUCUGCCGAAGAAUUCGUCAAAGAGAUAAAUGCCAAGAAUAUGGAAGAUGUCAACAGAUUUUGCAAUGUAUAUGUUGAUCUUGAUUUCCAGGUUUCUGAAGCAAAGAUGAUAUGGAUUGAUAGGCUAGGUUUUGAUGUGCGACUUACCUCUACUGAGAAGGACUCUUUCGAUGUCCGAAUCCCGUUCCCAAGAGAAGUGACUGAUGAGAAAGGAGCUAAGUCAUCCUUCAAUGGCAUGUCCCAGCUGGCAUGGGAAGUGGAGAAAAAUUAUCAAGCUCCAGCUUUUGAGAAAGUGAAACAGUUGAAGCAGAUAAGUUUGAGAAGAUUGUAACAAAUCAAUUUACUAUGGUCCCUUUAGCAUUCCUUGUAGAGAUGAGGCUGAUGUAAACAACUUUUUCUGAGCUAUCUACCAGAUUUUGUUGUUUGGUGCUUUGGUUCAGACUUCUAUGUUCAGAUUGUUGUGUCGUCAAUAUGAAAAUUGAAAAAUGAGGUUGUAUAAGUUUUGUUCCUUCCCUAAGAUAUCAUUAGAUGUACUGAAUGCCUUAACUUACAAAUCACAGCUGCUGCAUUUUUCAACCUCCAAGAUUGACUGGUAGAUUUAUUCUUUUGGAGUAUAUGGUGUAAAGCUACAGAACUUCCAGUUAUGUACAUUUUGCUUGUCGGACAUACAAAUGAAAUUGUCAGAGAAAGUUAAAUCAAAUACGUCAGACAGCCAUCAAUGUCGGUCUGAAAUUAUCUGUCAUCGCAUCUUUGAUCUUGCCAAUCCAGUAUGCAUGUUUGUUGCGCCUAUAUUUUGUCACCUUUUGCUGGAAGAAAGAGCUCAGAAUGGUUUCCAGACCCUGUGCUGUGUAUCUGAUAUGCUUUUUGGAGCUAGAAUUUUCCUCCAUUAGAAGUUUAUAGUUCUGCAAGUAGUUUCUGUAGACAGGUACCAAAGACUGAACCAAGAGCUUGCAGAUUCUCAGCUUCAAGUUCUGGUCAGGGACAACCCAACUGGACUGCUUCUGGUACAUGUAAUCAAACGCCUCAUUGAAUGCUUUGAACCCUCUUUUGAUAGAAUCACUGUUGGGUACUUUUGCAGGAGAUGAAUAAACUUGGCUGCUGUCUGGGCGAAGAAUGGCAACCACCUUCCCCCAGCUUUCUCUCAAGUAAAGAGCCAUGAAAUGUUCCUUGUACUGUUCAUGAGCCUUUAACCAGGAAUCUCCCAUCAGAUCUCCAAGCUUUGUACCCCUGAGAUUGCUAAAGUGGCAGUGGUUGUUCAUCAUGAAGAGGAAAGAUAGUGUGGCAUCCACAUGUGCUUUCGACCAUGAAUCCAAGUUGAGGCCGAUUUCUUUUACCACACAGCAGAUUUGGCUGGUGAGGAGUUGAUCGUGGUACUUCUCCUUUUUCCAGCUUUGAUGGAUCAUCACAACUUUAUCUAGCAAUGGCCUGUACUUAUCUCCAAGCAAUUCAUUGCAAUACUCUGUGACAAAGCUCACCAGUCUUGGAACACUGCCAUUUGAAGGAGGCAAGCUCUGUCUUUGCCUUGAAACAUCAUCUGUAAGCUCCCAGAAGAUCUCACAGAUGCCAUCCACAACACUCUUGAUGAGGCUCCUCGUCUGGGUUCGGAUAUCGAGGGAGGAUGUCCCUCCAAAAAGCCGGUUGAAAUCACCUCUCAGAUUAUCCAGAGCUGCAAAGAUAUCAAGCAGCUUCAAGAGCUUGAUGGGAUCCUUCUUACACUCGGUCACCUUUCUUCCAAACUGAAGGAAUGACAGGAUUCCAGACUCUGUGGCGAUCUUUGUAAAACAACCUGUUGAGAAAUCCGAUGAUGAUAUGGUGUUACAAAAAACAUCUUUGCUGAGGUUGAAUUCAACCUCGAAGACAUUCUUCACAAUCAACUCCAAGUGAUCGGACCACUGAUGAAUCCAGCCCUCUACUUCUUGCACAUCUUCAGACCCAGAUACUUGCUUCACAAGUCACAGGCAGAGCUGGUGGAGCAAUGAAGGCCUUCUUCUUUGAUGAGCAAAGAGCCAAAGGAACAGGAACCGAAUUCGCCACAAGAAGCUGCUCGAAUUCCCUCUCGAGCCUCCUAAAUGCAUCAAUCAGAACACCACCAUCGACUCGAGCCCUUCUCUCAGUGGCUUGCAACUCCAGCAGGAUUCUCAAGGACUUCCUGACAUUGGAAAUGUACGGCUCACGGGAAACCGAAUUGUCCUCCAGGAACUGUAGCAUGUCCUGCAGCCACUGAAUUGCUAGCCCGCAGUUGUUAGCUAGAAAUUUCAGCGCUUCCUCCAGCUGCUUCAGGUAGGAAAGAUAAGCAUAUAGAUCAGAACUUGGAUCUGCUGUGACCAAAGACUUCUGGAGCUCCUGAAUCGAACCAUGAACUUUCAGCACGGCUUCUGCAGGCCCAACUGCACGAUCGACGUGGUCUGAAAUCGCCACAAAUGUGCAUUUCUGAGCUGGGGAAGGCCUCACUGCAGCUUCCAAACGAGGUAGGCUCUGUCCAAUGCGUUCCACUCUCUGUCCGGUUUUAUGCAAUGCUGCAGCAAGAGCUCUUGAGUUCUCUAAGCUUGCCUUCAAUGCACUCCUGGCAGAAAGGACAGUUUUCCUAGAGCUGUCCACUUCAGCCAUUGCCAUAACUAGGAAGGAAAUAUGUUUGUGUCUUUUGAUGUUACUGACUGGCAAUGACUUGAGAGGGUGAAGGUUGGGCUGUCAUCCUUAUGUACUGACUGCUACUUGUUCUCCCUUUUAAGACACCUUUCUUCACCAAA